AUGGCUUCUCACACAAGCGGAAGGGAUAGCGCAGGACUAGACGCGGUCACUCCCGGCACUGCUGGAGGGCGGCUCAUGCCGACUGGUCCUGUCCCGGUGGACGUCAACAACCUGAAUGCUACUUGGACACGUCUCCAGUUCGUCACCCAGCAGUAUACCGGGUUUCAAAGAGAGGCAUGCGAUAUCCAGCGUACUCUCUGGACCAACAUUCACACGUUACUGGGCCAGAAGACCGCUUUGGAGAAGUCGUGGUGGGAUAUCCAUACGGCAUACAACUCCAAGACCGACGAGCUGAACGAAAUGGCCGAAAACAGCGUCGUAUUGCAGGAAGAGCUCCUGAUCGCCCAAGAAGAGACCGAGGCGGCUCGUCGCCAGGUCGAAGAGUCUGAAGGCCGGAACCGGCAUCUGGCCGAGCAACAGAGGUUCUUGCAACAUGAAGUAGAUCAAGCUCGUCAAAAGAUCCGUGCUUUGGAAAAUGGUGUUGCCGUGCACGAAUGUACGACCGGCACUAUGGACCAUGCGAAGGCCGCGGCGAUUCACGAACUGGAUUCAAGCGAAAACGGAAUGACCACGGUUAGGACACUGGAGCUUCAAGCCAAGAUAAAGGAAAUGGAACAAGACUAUGAGCAUACGGUGGGACGCUACAAGAACGAACUAUCCAGCCUUGAAGCACGUCUGGCGGUGGCAGAUCAGAAGUUGAAGCAGUUUGAACAGACCACCGACAGAACCCGGACGAUGGAUUUAAUUCUUUCGCCCGCCGUCAAAAGGGAACCAGUGUCGUCAGGCAUCGACGAAAACGUCAAAAUAGAAGAAAACGAGACCACGGGGGGAGGACGUCGGAGGCAACCAAAGAGAGCUCGACGGGGGCGGAAGCUGGAGCCCAAAAAUGCGGACUUGCGGGUAGUAUGCCAUUGA